GCGUUCCCAAUCCGACGGCCUCCAUUCCCCACUCGCAAACCCCCGUCCAUUUCACCUCCGCCGAGUAGGGUUUCCCCGCCGCCGCCGCCGCCCGCUGCAGUUCCCCGUCCGUGCACUUAUCCGGCGUUGAUCUCGCUCAGGAGCGGAUAUGAAGCCCGUGGUGGGCGUUGUGGUGUCGAACAAGAUGCAGAAGUCGGUGGUGGUGGCGGUGGACCACCUCUUCCACCACAAGAUGUACAACCGCUACGUCAAGCGCACCUCCAAGUUCAUGGCGCACGACGAAGAAGACGCCUGCAACAUCGGCGACCGGGUUAGGCUGGAUCCUUCUAGGCCCUUGAGCAGACAUAAGCACUGGGUUGUUGCUGAAAUUCUUCGCAGAGCUAAGAUGUAUGUUCCGCCAUCUGCAACGGCAUCCAGUGAAAAUGAUACCAAGGCUAGACAGGCUGGCGUUGCUACCAAAUGAUCCCGCCUUUAGUUCCUUGGAGACAAAGACACAGUUGCCAUUUUUUGUUAAUUGAAUGUGCAUGAGAUGUUUAAUCCGUGGAAGAAACCAUCAUUUUUGCUGGACACGGUUUGUUCUUCUGUAGCACCCUUUGUUGGAUGGCAGCCAAUGGGGAUGUAAUUACCAGAAUCAACUUUCGAGAUCCAAUGUUUUUUUUUUGGCAUUUGCAUGUUACUGAAAUGGGCAAGAACAGAAGGUUCCUCUGUUUUUGGCACAUGCGUAUAUGGUUGGCAGUCUUGUCUUUAUGGUUC